UCUUGAGUCAUACGUAUUUAGUAUUAAAUUACUUUGCUGUGUUCUGUGUUGUAGUUACUAAUUUUUAUUUUUAUGCAAUUCUACGUAUUAUUAUUUUAAACAUCAUGGCUCCAAAACGAUUAUGUAGCUUCACUGACAAACUCCAAAAUGAAUUUCCAUUCAUUAAAAAGUUAGCCAUGGAGGGAAAACUGAUAUAUCAUAUGAAAUCCAAUAAACAUGAAAUAGCACAAAAGGCUGCAUUGACAUCUGGCAAAGUAAAUAAUUUUUUUACACCAUUAAAAGCUAAUGACAAAUCAUUGAAAUUAGCGGCCAAAGAAAUAACCUUAGCUUUUCAUACUGUUAUGCAUAAUCAUAGCUUUAACUCAAUGACUUGUACAGCAGAUCUUAUUCGUCUUUUAUUUAAUGAAAAAAAAUUUACUUGUGCUAAAACAAAAACCCGUGACCUAAUAGUAAAUAUUUUAGCUCCUUUCGCAAUGGAGAAUACUAUUGAAGGUUUAAAAAAAACUAAUUAUAUUUCUGUGCUUGUUGAUGCCUCAAAUCAUAAGUCCGUAAAAUUAGUUCCUGUAAUUGUUAGAUACUUUAAUCCAGAGAAUGGGAUUAAAAAUGAUAUUUUGGACUUUUCGAGCUUACCCGUAGAAACUCCCGAGUUAAUUCACAAUAAAAUUGUAAGUGUUUUGAAAAAAUUUGAACUCGAAGAAAAAAUAAUAAGCUUCUCUAGAGAUAAUGCUAACACAAACUUUGGCGGUAUUGCUAGAAAAGGCAAAAAUAAUGUAUUUUUAAAAUUAAAAAAUACAUUAAAGCGUAAUAUUUUGGGAUUAGGUUGCUGCGCACACGUAAUACAUAACAGUAUUCAGUAUGCUGCGGAUAGUCUUCCUAUUGAUAUUUGAAAAAAUAGUUUGUAAAAUAU